AUGAACUUGUCGAAGGAAGUCCGUUUACCUUGUAAGAUGGCUUGUCUUAGGACAGCUGACUGUUGUCUCCAGGCUUGUACAUCUACCGCUUUCCAGUCUGUUCAGCAGCGUUGCGAAGAGCGUCCCGCUUUCUUUUCAGUUCCUCAAGGUGUUCAGACCAAAACACCCGAUAGUGUUUAG